GAUCGGCGGCGCUGAGACGCCGGGGCAGCGCGGCCAUGUCGUCGGGCCUCCGCGCCGCCGACUUCCCCCGCUGGAAGCGCCACAUCUCGGAGGAGCUGCGGCGGCGGGACCGGCUGCAGAGACAGGCGUUCGAGGAGAUCAUCCUGCAGUAUAACAGGUUGCUGGAAAAGUCAGACCUCCAUUCUGUGUUGGCCCAUAAGCUGCAAGCUGAAAAGCAUGACCUGCCCAACAGGCACGAAAUCAGUCCUGGGCAUGAUGGGGCAUGGAAUGACAGUCAGCUACAAGAAAUGGCCCAGCUGAGGAUUCGACAUCAAGAAGAACUGACUGAAUUACAUAAGAAACGUGGAGAGUUAGCCCAGCUGGUGAUUGACCUGAACAACCAGAUGCAGCAGAAGGACAGGGAAAUGCAGAUGAACGAAGCAAAGAUCGCAGAGUGCCUGCAGACCAUCUCCGACCUGGAGUCGGAGUGCCUGGAGCUGCGCAGUAAGCUCCAGGACCUCGAGAGAGCCAACCAGACCCUGAAAGAUGAGUAUGACGCCCUGCAGAUCACCUUCACGGCCCUGGAGGAGAAACUGAGGAAAACUACUGAAGAGAACCAGGAGCUGGUCACGCGCUGGAUGGCCGAGAAAGCCCAGGAGGCCAAUCGCCUGAAUGCAGAGAAUGAAAAGGAUUCCAGGCGGCGGCAAGCCCGGCUGCAGAAGGAGCUCGCGGAGGCCGCCAAGGAGCCUCUGCCCGUGGAACAGGAUGAUGACAUUGAAGUCAUUGUGGAUGAAACCUCGGAUCACCCUGAGGAGACCUCACCCGUGCGAGCCAUCAGCCGAGCGGCCUCUAAGCGACUCUCGCAGCCUGCUGGAGGCCUUCUGGAUUCUAUCACUAAUAUCUUUGGGAGGCGCUCUGUCUCUUCCUUUCCAGUUCCCCAGGACAAUGUGGACACUCAUCCUGGUUCUAGUAAAGAAGUGAGGGUGCCAACGACCGCAGUGUUUGUCUUUGACGCACAUGACGGGGAAGUCAACGCGGUGCAGUUCGGCCCCGGCUCCCGGCUCCUGGCCACUGGGGGCAUGGACCGCAGGGUGAAGCUCUGGGAGGUGUUUGGAGAGAAAUGUGAGUUCAAGGGGGCCCUCUCUGGCAGUAACGCGGGGAUUACAAGCAUCGAGUUUGACAGCGCUGGAUCUUACCUCUUAGCAGCUUCGAAUGACUUUGCCAGCCGCAUCUGGACAGUGGAUGAUUAUCGGUUACGGCACACGCUCACGGGGCACAGCGGCAAAGUGCUCUCGGCCAAGUUCCUGCUGGACAACGCACGUAUCGUCUCUGGAAGCCAUGACCGGACCCUCAAACUCUGGGAUCUCCGCAGCAAAGUCUGCAUAAAGACGGUGUUCGCAGGGUCCAGCUGCAACGAUAUUGUCUGCACGGAGCAGUGUGUAAUGAGUGGACAUUUUGACAAGAAGAUUCGUUUCUGGGAUAUCCGGUCAGAGAGUAUAGUCCGAGAGAUGGAGUUGCUGGGAAAGAUCACUGCCCUGGACUUGAACCCGGAAAGGACUGAGCUGCUUACCUGCUCCCGUGAUGACCUGCUCAAGAUCAUCGAUCUGCGAAUAAAUGCUGUCAGGCAGACGUUCAGCGCGCCUGGUUUCAAGUGCGGCUCGGAUUGGACGAGAGUGGUGUUCAGCCCUGACGGCAGUUACGUGGCAGCAGGCUCGGCCGAGGGCGCUCUGUACGUCUGGAAUGUGCUCUCCGGGAAGGUGGAGAAGGUCCUGUCCAAGCAUCACAGGCAGCGGGUCCCGGUUCCCUGCUGGCGCUGUGCUCGUCCCGGCUCCUGAUGUCUGCUCGCUGCGGGCACCACCGGCCUCCUGCCCAUUCGCCAGCUGCUUUCCCCAGCAAGUCUACACAUCUAUUAAGAAAACCUCAAUUUGGUAUUUUUAAAAAAAAUUAUUUCAAGGUAGGAAAAGUGCAAAAACCUGGGAGAGCGGCAGGAGCGGAGAAGCUAUUCCCUCGCACUCCCAGGGCGGGCCCCGCCACCGCCUCUCAGACGCGCCUCCAUCACCGGGCAGCGGCCAGGGCCGAGGCCUGGCUCAUGGCUGUGGGGCCGAGGCUGCAGUCCCGCCCCCGAGCCUGCGCGGUGCCCUCGGUGCUCUAGUUCCAGAGGCCCCCUGGGUCCGGGGAGCCUGAGGGCAUCUUCGAUUUCAGGGCUGUGGUCAGGGCCGGGAAACUGGCCUGUGGCUUUUUGUUUUUUUUAACAUUUAUCUUUACCGUUACACCUGUGUUUAAAUUUUUGUUUCUGAAUGACUGAGACACCAAUAUUUCUAUCACUUUGAUUUUGCACUUUAUUUUUUUUCCCUUCCUAACUUCCUGGUGGACGGUUGUGGGGGUGAGUGCCAGGGCGGGCGGGGGGCCAGGUGCGCGAUUCCUGACGGGGGCAGCGUCUCCCCCUCCCCUGGCCUCACCUCCCUUCCCCGUCUGCCUUCUUGAGAAUGCGAGUUAAGGGGUGAAGGAAGGUGGAAUUCACAGGCCAGGGCACAUCUUUUAUUUAUUUAAUUAUGUUGCCCAACUUGAUUGUAAAUAAACAAAUCUGUUCUAUGCUUUUCACACUCGUGCCUCUUGGUGGUUAUUUUAUUC